CCUUUUUCACCGUCCUGCUUUGCUUGUCUUCAUAGCAUUGCCUCGUCACACUCCUGACACUGCACCUGUCUCUCCCACGCUGGGGUGUGGGCGUGUGCAGAGUUGCUUGGUCCACUGCUUUGUCCAUCACCUGGCUGACCGUGGUACUCAUGAUAUCUUUGUCACACGAACUAAUGGCAAUGACAGUCCAUAGUUUUCCUCUUAAAGUCUCCCGCAGUAUCUGCAUAUUCCAGGACCUGCUGGAGGAACCUGCUCAUGCACGUAGGUGAGAGGUGGCUGGGCCCUCGUCUGUCCUCCACCAGCGGCAACACAGGGAACAGCAGCAGCCUUAGCCCUGCGUCCGCUCCUGGAAUGCUUUAUUCACUGGGUUAUGGUCAUGCUCUUCUCACUGGCUGGACUUCUCUCUGUUCUUGUAUCCUUGACAAACUUCAUCCUCCAAAGCCGGACUCCGACAGUGGCCACCCUCGUGUUCAGGAGGCCGUCGCUCUGGCCUGGGGCGCACGUGCUUUUACACGAGAGCAUGUAGGAGGGCUUCCUGGGUGCCGCGUGCAGGCUGAAUGCUCAGCAUGGCACUGGCUCAUCGAUCCUCUUCACCUUCGCGUGAGCACGCUCUCAUCUUGCUUUGCAGAUGAGGAAGAUGAGGCCACUUGCUCCAGGCCACAGAGUUAGCAGAUAGUGGAGCUGGGGCACGGCCCCAGCCGGUCUGACCCCAGAGCCCGCUCUGGUUAAUACCCCCAACUGUACGUGAGGCCUUCACUGAGCGGCUAGUAUUUCCUCUGCUUUUUUGAGAGAUGCUGCCGAUUGUGGAAAGGUCUUAGGUAUUAGGGUCAGGGUUAAAAUUCUGGGUUAGAAUUCCUGUUCUAUCUACGAGGUAAGUAGCCUUGGGCAGAGUAGUUAGCCUCUUUGAGCCUCAUUUUCUCAUCAGUUAUAAAGAUUAUUUUAUUUAUGCCUUUGAACUUCUGUGAGGGAAAUUUCAUUGUUCCCAUUUCACAGAUGAAGGUACCAGAGUUGAAUGGAUCUGCUCAUUGGCCCAAGCAAUAGAGUCCCAGGAGUAAAAGUAGGUUCUGUUUGGUUCCCAAACCCAUAAAGUCCGACUUCAGGCUGGAGUGUGUGCGGGGCCUCUGAGGACGCUGGUCCUGGCAGAUGGAGACCGAAGGGAGGCGGUGGAGGGUGGUUAGGGUCUCGGCACAGUACGGUAGAGCUGUCCCGUGUCAUCAGCAAGCCUUCGUUUUCAUUUCAUGGUCAAGCCUCAGUGUGGUCGCAGAUCAGUGUGACUCGGAAAGUGUUUUACUGCGGGUGUCAUUCCUUCACGCUGUCCCGUAAAGCUCCUCACCCACGGGCCCGGGCCUUCUCUUCCUCUCUCCGUUUCACUGACAUUUUUGCAAAGUGAGUCAGCUACAAGAACAUCAAGUGUGUCUGUAUUCCUGACUGAACGCCGUGUGAAUAACGUGUGUCUCUCGUGCGCACACACAGAUACAGUCUUUGCCUGGCAGGCAGGGUAGCUCGGCCGUGAGAGCGUGGACCGAGCUGCCUCUGAGGUGGGGUCCCAGCUUUCCCAGCUCAGGGCCUGGCCAUGUCUCUGGCUCUAUUUCUUCCUGCAAAGUAGCCCCAUAGCAGCAUGGCAGUUGUCCUGCGGACUCGAGGCACCGUGUGUGCGGAGCAGUUAGGGUGCUGCCCGUGAGCGCACGUGGUGGGUGUGCGUGGUGCUGCUCAGGUCCUGUUGGAAUGGCGUGGAUGCCCCCUCUCGCCGUCCCCACGGUGCAUACGGCGGGCGGUGUCCUUGGUGCCUUCCCUUCCGAGCUGAGCCGUCACUGCCCAGUGAUGCCUUCACAGUGACCCGCCUGCUUCCUUGGCGCCCGUCGCCCGGUCCUUGUGCCUGUGUGGCCGUCCCUCGUGGCCCUGCUCGGGUUGGCCUCUGCGCCUCGGUUCUCUCUGAAAGUGCUGCUGCCUGUUCAGAGGGCUGCUGUUGGCUUCCAGGACUCUGGUUACUUAGUUUUCAGGGCUCUUGGCAUUUGCCUCUAGCCCAACCCACAUCCCUCCCGUCAUCCACACAAGACGCCCACACAGGCCUGCUCCAGUGGCCGCCAGCUGUGCCUCCUCCUAUCUCAUCUGUGUCAUCUGCUCGGCCCUCCAGGCACAGCUGUGUGCACUUCCGCUCUGAACUCUCCUUUUCUCUGUGAGGUUUCUAGGUGCAGAAAUCGCACCCCUGUUUUCACAAAGCGUGGCCCCAGGCAUCAUGAACGUCAGUGAUCUCAGACUCCGCUUGUCCCAAGCUGGGCAGGAACACCUGCUGCAGUUCUGGAAUGAGCUGGAGGAAGCCCAGCAGGUAGAGCUCUAUGCAGAGCUCCAGGCCAUGAACUUUGAGGAGCUGAACGUCUUUUUCCGAAAGGCCACUGAAGGGUUUAACCAGUCCUCCCAACAAGAGAAGGUGGAUGCGCGGAUGGAGCCUGUGCCCCGGGAGGUGCUGGGCAGUGCCACUAGAGACCAGGACCAGCUCCAGGCCUGGGAAAGUGCAGGACUCCUCCACAUUUCUCAGAACAGAGUGGCGGUUCUUCUUCUAGCCGGUGGGCAGGGCACGCGGCUCGGUGUCACAUACCCCAAGGGGAUGUAUGAUGUUGGCUUGCCCUCCCAUAAGACCCUUUUCCAGCUUCAAGCGGAGCGAAUCCUGAAGCUUCAGCAGCUAGCUGAGAAGCGCCAUGGGAACAGAUGCACCAUCCCCUGGUACAUCAUGACCAGCGGCAGGACGAUGCAGUCCACAGAGGAGUUCUUCGCCAGGCACAGAUACUUCGGCUUACAGAAGGAGAACGUCAUCUUUUUCCAGCAGGGGAUGCUGCCAGCUAUGAGUUUUGAUGGCAAAAUUAUUUUGGAAGAGAAGAGCAAGGUGUCCAUGGCUCCAGACGGGAACGGAGGCCUUUACCGGGCUCUGGCCGCCGGGGACAUCGUGGGGGACAUGGAGCGCAGAGGCGUGGUCAGCGUUCACGUCUACUGCGUCGACAACAUCCUGGUGAGAGUGGCAGACCCACGGUUCAUCGGAUUCUGCAUUCAGCAGGGAGCGGACUGCGGCGCCAAGGUGGUGGAGAAGACGAACCCGACAGAGCCGGUGGGCGUGGUGUGCCGCGUGGACGGGGUGUACCAGGUGGUGGAGUACAGCGAGAUCUCCCUGGCCACGGCGCAGCGGCGGGGCCCGGAUGGACGGCUGCUGUUCAACGCGGGGAACAUCGCCAACCAUUUCUUCACCGUGCCCUUUCUGAGAGACAUUGUCAAUGUGCACGAGCCGCAGCUGCAGCACCAUGUGGCUCAGAAGAAGAUCCCGUGUGUGGACUCCCAGGGGCAGCGCGUGAAGCCCGACAAGCCAAACGGAAUAAAGAUGGAAAAGUUCGUCUUCGACAUCUUCCAGUUUGCAAAGAAGUUUGUGGUGUAUGAGGUGCUGCGGGAAGACGAGUUCUCCCCUCUGAAGAACGCAGAUAGUCAGAACGGCAAGGACAACCCCACCACGGCCCGGCAUGCGCUCAUGUCCCUGCACCACUGCUGGGUGCUCAAUGCCGGGGGCCACUUCAUCGACGAGAACGGCCGCCGCCUGCCCGCCAUCCCCCGCACUGGUGCGCACGGACAGCCCGAGGCCGUCACAGCCGGGGUCGCGGACAACUUGAAGGACGCCAGCGAUGACCCAAUCCAGUGUGAAGUCUCCCCCCUCACCUCCUACGCCGGAGAAGGCCUGGAGGGCCUCGUGGCCCACAGGGAGUUCCACGCGCCUCUGAUCAUUGACGAGCAUGGGGUCCACGAGCUGGUGAAGAACGGGCUGUGAGGCAGGCGCUGUCCUCGCCCCGAGAGCAGCUUCUCCUGGUGACGGACCCACGGGACCCGCAGGCCCUCAGGCUGCCUCCUGCUCUGCGAGCCCCUGAAGCUGCUGCACGGCCCCAGGAGCCGUGGACUGAGUUCAAGGCAUUUCUGUGACUCUCAGCUCAUUGAAGGUCUUAUUUAUAUUUUUCAAUUGUAGGAUGUUCCCCAGCCCAGGGGACCAUGCGUCCGGGACACAUCCUGCCGCGUGUGUCGGGCAGGGUGCGCGCUCGGCCCUCGGCGGGGCCUGGCCCCUCACGGUGCACAGAGAGAGAAUGUGCACUGCUCACGUCGAAGGGUUUCUAUGGUACUGAAGGUUGGUUUUACUUUAUCAAAAAGUAAACUUUUUAAAGAAAAGAAUUAGGGAAAUAAACUUUUAGUCUCUGUGGAGUGUCA